ACACUUACCCCAUUUCAACGUGGAUUUUUUUGUUAUGAUGAAAGUUUACUACAUCCAUACAAAUCAAGUACAGUGAAAGUCACUGUUUUAUAUUGUGUUGGAUUUAGUAUACCAAUAGUAACCUUGAUUAUAGUUUGCAAACAGAAAAUUGCAAAAUCUGCCAACUACCAGAGGCUCAUUUUAACAAAAUGGGUAAAAAUGUGGCUUCCUAUUUUGAUAUUUUUCUUCUUUGGUGCAGCUUUAAAUCAUUUAUUAACAAAUAUAGCAAAAUAUACUCUUGGUCGAUUAAGGCCACAUUUCCUGACUGUUUGUCAACCAGAUUAUGCGUUGUUCAACUGCAGUAUGGGUAUUAUUGAAGAAAAUGUCUGCACUGGAAAUUUGAAGCUAAUCAAAGAAGCCAGGGUAUCAUUUCCAUCAGGUCAUGCAUCUAUGAUCACUUAUACCAUGAUGUAUGCUUUGAUAUAUCUAGAAGUGAGGUUUACAUGGAGAGGAUUGUUAUUAAUGAAACCAUUGCUACAGACAAUGUUAUUCUGUAUAGCUUAUUAUAUUAGUAUGUCUAGAAUCUCAGACUAUAAGCAUCAUUGGAGUGAUGUUUUGGGUGGCAGUAUUCUUGGAAUCAUUAUUGCUCUCGUUAUGGUAGGUAAUUAUCUCGAUCUUUCUGAUGGUAUGGAAAUGAUAAAAAUAGAAUGA